AUGCUUCAUGAACUAAUAUUUUGUUUGUAUGGGUUUCCAGGGGAUAUUUGUGCUCAUUUGGCAGCGGAUGAUUCCUCACAUGCUCCGGAAUAUCGACUGAAGUUGAUCUCAGAAAGACUUCCCUUUAUUGCACCAUGUGAGAGUGGACUUGUCAAACAGUUACAUCAAAUCGGGGAGAAGUACCUGCGUCUCCAAAAGUUUAUUGGCGAUUUUUUUGUUCCUGGCUCGGGAAGCCUCUACUUAACCGCAUUGGCUUGUGGUCUAGAUGAAGUUUUGGAGGAGUACCGCGGGACAAUCUCCUCCUUGGAAUCAGAUCUUCUUAAAUCCCCUUACUUUGGAAUAACUUAUAUUUUCUCUAAAGUUGAGCCGUUUCGCGCAGUGAUAAACUCUCUCACGCAUCUCGUCGACCUCUGUUUGAAACAACACCAAAACAACUCUUGCAUAAUCAACUCUGUAUUGCUCGUGAAUAAAUCUCCUGCAAUCUCCUCAAUACUCAAGCAUUUGUUGCAGCUUUUUCGUCAUCAGUUGUCGAGCUGGCUUCUUUAUGGUUCAAUAAAUGACCCUUAUGAAGAGUUUUGCGUCUCUCGCGAGCAUGAACUCGCUCCACACAGGUUUCCAAACAUCAUAUCCCCUACCCUCGCCAACGAUAUUCUUUAUGCUGGGAAAGCCGUUUGUUCGGGUGGCACUGAGUUGUCUGAUCAUUUAGAAGCGACAUUCUCCCAACGUUUUGUGGAGCUGGAGAACUCUGAACUGGUUGACGGUGUGGAUGAAGGCCUAGAACGUCUAAUACGCGAUAUUUGGCUAUAUGUUUCUGAGACGGUAUGGCGUCAAAUGUUUGACGAAUUUGGAUUGGUGCACAACCUAAACCUGGUUCGAGACGUUAUGUUACUUGGACGCGGCGAGCUAUAUGUCUCAUUUUUGGACAACUUGUUAGCUGAGGGAGACGGUGUGAGGAGUGUUUUGGACCGCCCCAUUCCUGCCACAGUCGGGGAGGCGAAGAGCCUUUCUUACAAAGUUAGUGCUGCAUUCUUGGCCGCUGUUAGGUCGGUUGGCAUGGAAGAUGAAGAACUAACCUCACGCUUUAGCGCUGUUCCAGUUUCUGUGUUGGAGCUCGCGCUCAAUAUCCAUGAAAACUACUGUUCCUCUAGAUUUGUGGUGUCGACAAAUCCCCAGGAGGAGGCACUCCUGUCACAAGACCUUGAAGACGGCGAAACGGGGGCUGUUGACUACCAUCCAACAGCGUGGGACUGCCUUCGCUUGGAAUUUGCUUCAAUACCAACCGGCUUGGAAACCGUCUUCACGGAAUCUACGUUGGCUUCUUACACUCGUCUCUUCCAUUUCCUCCUUACCGUUCGUCGUACUGAACACGCACUUAAUGCGGCCUGGCGUGGAGCCAAAAGAAGUAUCAAUAGCCACACCCACCUCCUCCAUCAUCAAAUGAACUUUAUCGUCAAUCACCUCAACUGCUACCUUCAGAUUGAUGUGAUUGCGUCAGCCUUUGAACGACUUUUGAAAGCUUUCGGCAAUCACUCAGGAGGUCAGGAUCUCGGCUGCGUAGAGGCUCUUCAUGAAGCCUUCCUGGGGGAUUUGGAGUCUCAGACACUGUUGCAUCAUCCGCGACUCCACUCUAUCCUACUACGAUUACUUUACGUCUGUCGUCGACGCCAAUGCAGUGAUUCACUUAAGACAGCGGCAGAUUUUGAGCACCUGGCUUCCACGCUCUAUACCGCUCUCACUGCUGCCUCACGCGUGGGUUAUAUCGCAAGAAUGAAGGGCGGCGGUGCCGCUGGCCAUGUCUCCCAGCUCAUCUUGCGAUUGGACUAUAACCACUUUUUCACCAAAUCACAGGCUUGCGAAUAG